AUGAUGUUUGGAGUCCCGCCGAACGUGAUCGCGUACCGGUGGUUGCGGUUCAAAACGAGGAAACUGGCAUUGUUGGUGUUGCUUAUAUGUACCAUUGCAGUGACGCUGUACAGUACAAACCUCGUGCAACAGACACAGUUGCUACAGGAGGGCGCGCUUCAGUGGAGCAAUAGGACGUUUUUCCCAGCGUCUACAGAGGUAUCGUCUAAAGUCGCGUUUGUAAACGAUAAAGAUUAUAAGAUGAAGUUUCCAGAUAAUGUGGAUCUCGAACAUUUCCCUUUGGCAAAACCAAUCUCAACUUUCCAUUUGACUAAAAAAAUGCUACGAGUGCUCAAGACUGGAGCUGGGAGACAUUAUGGUACUGGAUUUCUCAAGUUUUUUGGACAUAAGGCACACAAUAAGGGCAAGAAAAAUACACACCUAAACCAUCAGAUGACUCACGUCUGGAGAGGUCUCAGUAGGAGGCAACAGUGUGCGCAUCUGAUCAAUGGGUUGUACUACAACAGUCUGUGGACCAACGAGGAUAUUAUGCGGAAUUACGAGAAUGAAGGACUGGGGAGGAUGGUGUUCCAAAUGAUGGCUGAACGGUUGCGUGUCUAUGAUUACUGUUUCUUACAGGAGAGUGAGGACUUGAACGUUGUGUUCGCUACAGAGCCGCUUCUCUCAAGUGAGUACACAGUGGAGGACUUCAACGUAAGGAUGUUUCCCUUCUUGCAGUUCUCGGACGAUAAGUUGAUGUGGCCCGAUGUGAUCGAUGUUUCGGAAGGUGUAGUGUUACCACCGCCCAAUAUUGAGGACAUGUCGAUUCGUGACUUUAACGCGAAUUUCUGGGCUAAUUGGGCACAGUAUAGUGAGGGGAAAGGUAUAGUCUUGACAAUGAGGGAGAGCGAUUCGGGCAUGUUUUAUAAACAGUUGAACACUUUCAAAGAAUUGGGGAACAAAUUGCCAAUACAGGUCGUUACCACAGGUAAAGAGGCCACUAAUAAAUUUGUUGAAACGUUGGGGAAACUGGCAAAGAAGACUGAACAAAAAAUUUACCUUGUAGAUGUCUCUAAACUCUUAAAGCCAGAUUUCGUACAGGAUAAGAUCAUCAAUUUCUUGAAUAAAUGGAUUGCCACAAUCUUCAACACUUUUGAGGAGGAAGUGUUCAUCGAUGUCGAUGCCAUCUCAUACGUGCCAAUGCAGGAUUAUUUCCAGACUGAAAAUUACAAGGAUACAGGGAUCUUGAUGUUCAGGGACAGAACGUUACUCCAAGAAAAUACUUUCAAAAGGUGCACUGACUUGUUGAUCGAAGCAGAACCCACAAAGGAGGAGGUAAGACUCAUUGGGUCCAGACAGAUGUUUGAUUCACUGUGGUUGAAGAAGAACGACGAUGUGCCCGAUAAAGAACUCAUGUCCACUGAAGCAGAGGUUUACCGUAACUUUUACGAAAGACUGAAAUUGCACCACGUUGACAGUGGACUGAUUGCAAUCCACAAGAAAUACAAACUGACUGGGGUGUUGAUGUCCUUCUUUUUCAACCUAGAUGCAAGAUUGAGCAGCUGUGUUUACGGUGACAAGGAGUUGUUCUGGCUUGGACAGUUAGUCGCUGGUGAGAGAUUCGCUAUAAACCAAAUGGAGGGUGGUAUUUUGGGCGCUGUAUCCGAAGAAGUCGUUACUGAAGAUGAUGGCAAAUCGAAGAAGGUAAACUACAACAUUUGUAGUACACAAAUCGCACACAUCGAUGAAAAUAAUAAACUGUUGUGGUCCAAUGGUGGUCUAAGGACUUGCAAAUUUUUGAACUCUGCAGGAAGUGAUUUCCAAUCCAAUGAAGAAUAUUUUGCUAGCAGGUAUGGUGAUGCGGAAACGCUGCAGAGAGUUUAUGAUUCGCCGCUACCGAUAGAUGGUGUCAUAAUACCAGAUGCCCAAAGGGAUCCCUGGAUACAAAUUAAAGAAUGCGCGAAUUACGUCUACUGUGCGUUUGCAAGGACGGACAGUUCAGGGAAAUUGAUUGGUGAUGGCUAUCUGGCAACUUUUGAGGACGCAGAUAGACGAGAGUAUAACGAAAUUUCAAAGAUAUGGAAUAAUGCGGAACUAGAAUCGUGA